UAAGAGACAGGUUGUUCAGUUAUUUUACAAAAGACAGACACAGCAAAGUCUGUACGGCCAAAGGACCACGUGACCGGCGCGUGAGGCUCUCAGCUCCAACGGCGAUUCAGUUCUACGAUGGUCAAGAAUGACUCGGACCAAGCAAAGCCGUUGAUUGGCCUCGCUGAGCUUCCUCCGCCGGCGACGAGAAUUCGCGGUGGUUCCGGUGAAGAAACAGAGCAUCAUCAGUUGAGUUUUCUACCGGCGUCUCUUUCAUCGGGAGCUCCUCCGCCGCAUUAUCAUCAGCCACCGUCAGAAGCCACUACACAAAGCCAAGACCUUCCUCUCUUGCUUCACUCCUUCCAAAAGGGUCCUCCUUUCGCUGAUCAAACAGAGCAUGCUCUGUUCUCUGGCCAGAGCAAUCCGUUAAUAUUUGAUUCAUCGACGGCGAGCUCGGAAAGUCAACGGAAUCAUCGACUGGUGACGUGGAACAACGGCGGCGGAGCUGCUGAUUCAGCCGCAAGUGGAGGAGGAGGGUUUAUGUUUGCUUCCCCGCUACAACGACGUCGUUUCAGACAGGUUAUGGCCAAAGUCAGUUUUUUUCUCAAGAGGGGUCCCCUUCAGUCCAUUAACGCACCAAUGCUUCAUGCUUGGUUUGAUCCUUACCAUCACCAUCAUCAAUCCAAUUACUACCUAACAAUCAUCAUCAAUUCAUCAUCACCAUCCUUACCAUAUUCCAGGCAUUAGUGCUGAAUUAUCCGGUUUACGUGUACCAGCCCGGUAUCAGAGCGUACAAAGCCCUCGUCUGCUUCAUCUGAUUCUCGCCAUUGAAACAAGAUCCAAAACAUUAGUUUGGUUACAUUGUGUAAUACGGAAUGUGUGUUUAUGAAUCGAAUGCUUAUGUGUGUUAUCAACAUUUACAUCUUCUUCUUUCUUCCAUGUAACUAAGCCUUUGAUGAUUUGAAUUCAAUUUGGAUCAAUUAAA